AUGUCCGGGCAAGGCAUAACUGUCGGCACGGUGAUCGAACUGACCGAUGGCCGGCAGGCGACUGUACGCUUUAUCGGCACCACCCACUUUGCGACCGGAGAAUGGAUAGGCCUCGUAUUGGAUGAAGCUACUGGAAAAAACGAUGGCUCAGUACAAGGCGAGCGAUAUUUCGACUGUGAACCAGGAUAUGGAAUGUUCGUCCGCCCAACGGUUGUCGGAAAGGUUGUCCAAAACCCCGUGCGGGAAAGUAAACAAACCGCCAAACCGACUACAAGCGCCGCUGGCCCACGAAAACAACCUGGAUUACCACCUGCGGCAGCAAGGCGGCAGAGUACCAAUCCAACAUCCACUCCCACUCCUGCGCCGAGAGGUGCAGCCGCUCGAUCGUCCCUCCGAUCCCCUACAAAGUCCCCGACUAAACAGCUCGGAACGACCACAGGCCUUGCAUCUCGUCCGUCAAUCGGUGGUGCUCCCCGAACCUCCACAGUUGCGCCCAACCGACCUCGACUAGCCCCCAGCACCAGAAACUCUUCAGGUCCUUCUGCAACACAACCAACAGUCUCGAGAGCUGGACGACCUUCGGUUUCCGGGCCAGCAGCUCGGACCUCAAGACCAGGCUCACAAAGUACUGUGGCUUCAUCCACUGGAGGUUUAUCAAAGCGCCCUUCAUUACGGCAGGUCGGCACCACCCAAGCAUCAGAUGGAAGAGAUACGGGGAUGAGCGGCCAGUCAGGGGACCCAACCGACACAGAAUCGCCUGAUACCGAAGGGGAGGGCACACAAGACAAUGGCCCCGCGCAAAAGAGCUCUCGACAGUCGAUGGCUGCCACGCGGCCCACUCCCUCGCGACCGGGAGUUCCAGCAUCUACAUCUUCACGACAAGCACAAAGUGGUGCAGUCAACCGCGAACUUGAAGAAUUAAAUGCCAAGCUCAAAGUCAUGGAAAAGAAACGAGCCGAGGACCGAGAGAGACUGAAGACCCUCGAGCAGCUCCAAUCCGAACGCGACAAGUUUGAAUCCAUCAUCCAGAAACUGCAGGCCAAAUACCAACCCCAGCAAAUGGAGAUUACUGAACUUCGCAAAAAGCUUAAAGAUACCGAAGCUCGUUUUGAUGAUGUGGAACGAAUGCAGGCAGAACAUGAAUCGUUGAUGGAAAUGGCCUCUCUUGACCGUGAAAUGGCAGAAGAAACAGCUGAAGCAUUCAAGCACGAAUGUGCAGCGCUACGGUCUAAGAUGGAUGAGUUGAAUCUGGAGGUGGAGGUUCUUCGAGAGGAGAAUGAAGAAUUCAGCCAGAUUACUAGCCCCGAAGAGAGAUCUAGUCAUGGGUGGCUCCAGAUGGAGAAAACCAACGAGCGUUUACGUGAAGCACUCAUUCGUCUGCGUGAUAUGACACAGCAACAGGAAUCGGACCUCAAGGCCCAGAUCAAAGAAUUGGAAGAUGACCUCGAGGAAUAUUCUACCGUCAAAGCUGAUUAUGAGGCUACCAAAGAGAAACUCUUGGUCGCGGAGACCAAUGUGGAUGAUCUGAAACAACAGCUGGAGACGGCAUUGGGCGCCGAAGAAAUGAUUGAAGAAUUAGCAGACAAGAACAUGCGCUACCAGGAUGAAAUCAAUGAACUGAAAGCUGCUAUUGAAGAUCUAGAAGCCUUGAAGGAGAUCAGUGAUGAGAUGGAGUACACCCACAUCGAAACCGAAAAGCAGCUUCAAGAGGAGAUUGACUAUCGGGAAGGUAUCUUCGGCGAUCAGUGCCGAAAAAUUACACAACAGGACGAGGUCAUUGUGGACCUUGAAUACACGCUCAACCGGUUCAGAGACUUAGUGUCGAAUCUGCAAACGGACCUGGAAGACAUGCGGGCAACCAAGCAACUUUCAGAGGCAGAAACUAUCGAAAAUGAAGCCCGCCAGCGUACGAUGCAGGAUUUGGCAACCAAGCUACAAGCCAACACAACAAAGGCCCAGGCCAGCUUUAUUGAUGUCGAAUUGAGCCGCAUGGAGUCCGAGGAAGCUACACAGCAGCUUUCAAUGGUCAAACUUUAUCUUCCGGAGUACUUCGAUGGCGAAAAGAACUCUGUUCAAGCAUUGCUUCGAUUCAAACGCGUCGGAUUCAAGGCAAAUGUCAUGCACACAACUCUCCAGGAUAAGGGUUCUGAACACUCCACUGUUACCCACGAAGAAGUGUUCCAAGCCCAAGAGGUUCUGGGAUGUCUGAUGUGGAUCACGAAUGUAUGCGAUCAGUUUGUGAACUACAUCACGGCUUGCUCGCCUGAACAAUUUGGUAGCAUCAAGGUUGCCAUGUUUGAAAUGGAGCCUGUGGAGCGCACAUUGAAUUUCUGGAUUGAGACAAUGAAAAAAAAUGAAGUCAACCUUGGAAAAUUCGCAGUAGAAUUGCAGCGAUCUAUCGCUCUCCUUGCUCACCUUGCCGAGACCCUUCUCCCUCCAAGUUUGGAGAAGUUUGCCGAUGAGUUGUGCCUGCGAGCACGGUUAUCUCAGUCGUACCUUGACCAUGCAGCUUCUGCAAUCACGCGCGUCAAUGCCAUCAUUAACUCCAAAAUGGUUGCUGUGGAAGAGGGCGACGAGGAAAAGUCAUUAGCUUUGAAAAGGCUGAGCGCCUUCGAUCCUCAAGCCCGCGGAUAUAAGGUCUCAAUGGGUAAAAUUAGCCGCGCUCUUGACGAUAUGCGCUCUCGGUCACUUGCGCUUUCAAAGGAGUCCGAUGAGCCUUUCAGGAAGAUAGAAAGUGACACAAAGCAACUUCUGGACUUUGCUCGGAAAAUUGGCGAAAGCCUCGUUGCUCUAACGAGCGACGAAGGUCGCACGGAUCCAUUCAGUCCAGAUGAGAUUUUGAAUAGCAUGUCGCAAGCAUCUGUGUCUUUCGCCUCUUCUGAGAACCCAGGUGACAGCAACGAUCCGGUUUCAUUAUUAUUUACUAGAUUGCGGGAAAUUGGAGAGCAGUUUGAAGAGCUUGCUUCCAUGUCGACAGAUCUAUCUCGCACCACGGAGUUUGAGAGAGGCGCGUUCCCCUGGAUUGCUCGUGCUGCAGAAUUGAAGUCCAACAAAAUGGCAUCUCCCGAUGCUGAUGAAGAGAUUCGUCAAUUGAAAAAUGAGAUUCGCGAGGCGUCAGCCGCGCUUGGUGUGAAAGACAAUACGCUUGAAGAGCAAGGUCUUAAGAUCGAACACCUUGAAUCCAGGAUGCGAGAGGCAAGCAAGAAGGCUGCUAUGGUCAAAGACCUGGAAGCCAAGAUUGAGGAGGUUCAGGCCGCAGCAAUUGAGCUAGAGAAAACAAUUGACCGACAAAAGAAAGCUCUUUUCACAGCCGAAACGGAGCGAGAUGAGUUCUUGGCUCGUCUCGAGCGAAUGAAGCGGAUGUCUGGUACCGCAGGCCUGGCCACCUCGGGCAACGGCGUUGUCAUCGACAAUGAAGCUUCUUUGGCAGCCAUGCAUGAGAAUGAGUCUCUUCGCGCGGAAGUUGAAAGCCUCCAAGCAGCCGUGCGUUUCCUUCGCGAAGAGAACCGUCGUUCAAAUAUCCUUGACCCAUACUCCGUCCAGCGAUCGACUGAAAUGCACGCAUGGCUCGAUGCACCACUCACACGUUCCAAGCCAACACCUGAACAAGAGAAGAUCCAACGCACUGCGCUUGAAAGCCGAGACGUAAUGACUCAUCUUAUCAAACUCACCAAGGAGUCCCGUGUCACCGACCUCAAAUCCACACUACCUCCUAGCGAUGGCGACAAUGCCAACCGCACCACGUGGCGUCCAUCCAAGACCCGUCUCCGAUACCAGGUCCUUCAACAACGCGAAAACUUCGAGCACUGGGCCGAAUGGCGCGAUGACAUUGUCAAUCAUGAACGCGAACAGGACCGCCUCGUCAUCGCUAAACAAGAACGUGCAAUGCGCGAUCGGGUCUCUAGGCAUGCCCAUAAGGCUUCUGUUGAAUUCCCUCAAGGCCUAGGUCAUGGCAUGAUGGGUCGCGCCUGGCAGAUCUUGGGUAUGCAGAAGCAUCGCAAGACUGGCUCCACGAGUAUGCCUGCUCCCGAUGGCGUGGAGAUCGUGUCUACCGACUGA